ACCACCGCUGACAUACAAGAGCCUGCGAUUCAUUGGACGCCAUCGCAAGCCCAUUUUGGGAGCUUGCAGCUUGCAGCCAUCCAGCUGGACGCUGCAUACUUCACCAUCUCAUUGUCACUGGAUUUUGUUGUCCAACUCCGCCAAUCUGCUCCUCUGCCUUGCGCAAGGUUACCAACCAUUCCCCCACUUCACCAGUCUUGAUAAACCAUCCUACACUCUCAUUGUUCCAUCCAACCCAUCCUCAUGUAAAUCAUCAACAACAAAGCCCCAUCUCACCAUGGCCUACUACGACAGCGGCAUCAACAUGGGGCCAGACCAGCAUACAUAUCCCCCUAAAUCAGGACACGACUAUUCGCCCGAGUACCCUCCCGCUUCCGACACUUCGCACCAUUACGCCUCGCCCUCCGCGUCCUACGUCCCGUCCUCUGAGCUUGGCGGUCGUCCGCGUGCCUUGUCCAACAUCGCUCCCGACGCUUCCAUGCCUCCUCCUCCAUCACCUCCAGUGCAAUCGCAAAGACAGGUUCCGCCGCUCCAGCCACUACACCAACAGCCCGGAUCAAGUCCCGCACAGCAGCCUAUAUACGAUGCUGUUAAUCAUGUCUUCGACAAUGCUGCUCGGUCGAACCAGCUCCCGAACGACAUUAUCUCCCAGAUCGCGGAGCAGGUGCGCACCCAGGUCAUUGACAGUUUGAAAUCCGAAGGACUGGCGUAUCAGCCUCCGAAUAGCACUCAACCGUCAUUUCCUUCGCAGCAGGUCCCGCUAGCACAUCAGCAACAGUCAUUUAAUCCUCGCACCAGAACUAACCCAUCCCCGCCAUCUUUCACACCUCGAACGACCGUCUAUACUCCACCGUCCCCACACGGCCACGGUCAGUUCCCCAGUGGUUCAGUUACCCCAGAACCCCCAGCGCACGACCCACAUUUUUAUAGCCACAAGGAAGAUGCUUCGCCACCCAAGCGAGAAGAAUCGCAAGUGAAGAAGGAGGAUCUUUCGGAAAUAUAUGGUGAGCGAACAGCAUCUUCCGUUGAAAAUUCUUGGUCCAGUCAGAAUCGUCCGGAGAAACCGCAGCGAGUAAUGACAAAUGAGGAGGAGACGACACUGGAGAAGAUCUGGCAGCCCUUUUUCGAUUUGGAUGGAAAUCCAACGGCAAGACUGGGCCAGUUCCUAAGGGGAAUUGCGCUUCACAUCAUUGAGGACUACAAACCAAAGAAGAGUCUUGUCAUCACGCCAGCCAAGAUGCAACGCUUCUACGAAGAAGUGAAGGUCACAGACGAAAUAUAUCCUUGGAACACUAUCUUUGGCAAGCUCAGCAAUUCUGCGGUUUGCAAAAUUUAUCGCCACCUCCACUGCCAGCACCACCUCGUUCAAGAAUCAUACGGCGAUGUUCCUUUCAUUCCCGCGCUCACCCCAGACGGCUUCCAGACCUGGAUGACGCUCAUGAUUCAAGGACACGUUGAACUGGAAUUUGCACGACUUGCGAAAGUCCUUGUCGCAUUUCCUAUCGGCAAUGCCGAUGACCGCAAAGAGCGAUUUCCAAAGGAACUCUCUCGGCGCCUACUUCCAAAAGUCGAUAAUAUGCAUGCCAAGCAGCGCUGCGUCGCUGCCAUCUCCACUGACCCGCUUGUGACUGUCCGUGAUUCCGUCUCAUUCCCCCCACCGCCGCCCACUCAACCGCCUUCAAGCUACGACGCCGCACAAGAUCGCACACACCUCGGUUCCCAAUCCUCUACAACCUCUAGCAUACCUCCGCAUGAGCCUAGUGCCCCGCCCUCCCGAACCCAUGUAAAAGAAGACCAUAAGGACACUCCUCCAGUAUCCUUCAAGGAGCGCGAACGAAAACCCUACGUGGCCAAAGAAGGCCUGGGGAAAAUCUACAACGACCCCGCGCUCUCCAACCAUAUUACCCAGCCAUAUAACUACACCGGUUCUACCCAACCGCCAACUAACCACCAUCCUCCUCCCUCAACCGCCAUCUCCAUCCCUCAACCAUCAUCAGCCACGCAAGCACCCAACCCAUCAUCCACUCGUGCCCGCCGCUCGGACUCUACGGCAAAAUCCUACACCCCCUCCACCGCGCCCAUCGGCAUCCCCCUAUCGACCGCCACCUCUGGUUCUAGCGCACGUGAUGUCUCGAUGAGUGCAACGGAGAACGACUGGUAUGGCACCUCACCGAUGACGGGGUUGGGGGCAGAGUACAGCGGGCGAUAUCGCCCCGGGAGUGCCUCGAAGCCAGGAGGUGGGGAAUCGGCGUGGCCUAGCAGCCCGGGGUCGAGCUAUCCGGGAGGUGGUGCCACUACAAGGGAUAAGGCGAGGUUGAGCGUUGGGGGAGGUGCAGGAUCGAUGCCUGGGGCCGUAACGGGGGCGUAUACGCGAAGCGAGGGGACGGUGCAUGAUAUCCCGGCGGGGUACUACCAGAGUAAUUUGUAUGCAGAGGAGGGAAGGGCAGAUGAGGUAGAUGGGAUGAGAGUGGGCAUGACUACGGAGGAGAGGUGGAGUGCACGGGAGAGGGAAGACGAAAGGGAGCGAGAUAGACGCGACUAUGCACAAUGUGUGGCUGAAGAGGAGGGAAGAUAUCCGGUUGAUAGGUAUGAAAAACCGGGGAAGUACGAGGAUGGUGGGUAUGCCUGGGCGAAGGAGCGCGAGAGAGAUUGGGAUAGGGGUCGGGAAAGGGACAGUUACAGGGAGAGGGAGAGGACUAGGGAAAGAGAGCGAGAUAGGAGCGGUGGAUAUUACGAUGACCGACGCAAGUAUUACUGAGUUCCCUCGGUCGUGUGGGCGCUGGCUCCUCCCUUUCGUACAUCUAUUUCUCUAUCUGGUUCCGGGACCCCGGUUCAUGUAUCUGUAGAACUUUUUGACGGUUUCUUUCAUAGCUAUAGACUGUUUUAUGUCUUUCAUUCGAGAUACCAAGGCUUUUGGAGUGGGAGGAUAUUU